AAUAAGGCUGGCUAUGCGUCACGCGCCGCCUAAAUUCCGAAAAGGAAAUGUUAACAAACAAACAAACAAAACUGUCGGUGUGUCUUUCCCUCAUGUUGAGUGAAUCUGCGAUUCAAGAUCAAUAGCCCCUUUACACUGCAAGGGUGAGACUCACAGUCUUUCAAGUUGAAAGUAGUAGUAAAUCUUGUGUUUUUCUUCUUCUUUUCUUGAUUUGAUUUGAUUUGAAGAAGAAGAAGAAGAGGGUGUGGUAUCAAUGAGCUUUGAAUCUAAUACCCAUUUCAGAAAGUAGUGUAUAUUUCUGUAUUUCGUUGAUUCAAUGAUGGUCCAAGAUCAUUCAUCUCCUAAACCCUCAAAACCCCUUUUUCUAAAACACAAAGUUUCACACUAUUCUGAGACUAAAAAUCUUGAUUUUUCCACAUGGGUAUCUGAAAACUUUGUUAAACUACUUGUUGUUUCCCUAUUAACAAUUAGUGUGGCAGCCCUUUUCUACUUUCGUACCUCCACUGUACCCACCACACUCCUAUGCUUCCCAAAUUCCCACCAGAGUCAGCCUCAGAAACCAAAGUUACCAAAACUUGAUCUUGAUUCAGUAAAGCCAAUUUUAGAUCAGUCCUCACCCUUUUCGUCGUUUCAUUCAGAGCAAUGGAUUAUUGUGUCUGUAUCAGAUUACCCAUCCGGUCCACUCCAAGGUCUUGUUAGGUUAAAGGGUUGGCAAGUUCUUGCAAUAGGCAAUUCAAGAACCCCGAAAGAUUGGAACUUGAAAGGUGCUAUAUAUCUUUCUCUGGAACAACAAGCGAGUUUGGGGUUUAGGGUGGCGGAUUUCCUUCCUUAUGAUUCUUAUGUGAGGAAGAGUGUUGGGUAUCUUUUUGCAAUCCAACAUGGUGCAAAGAGAAUUUUUGAUGCUGAUGAUCGUGGGGAAGUGAUUGGUGGGGAUCUUGGGAAACAUUUUGAUUUGGAGUUGGAUGGUGCCACUACUAAGAAGCAGAGGAUUUUGCAGUAUAGUCUUGAGAUUGAAAAUAAGACUGUUGUCAAUCCUUAUAUACAUUUUGGCCAAAGGUCAGUUUGGCCUAGAGGGUUGCCACUGGAAAGUGUUGGUUUUGUAAAUCACGAAGAGUUCUAUACUGAAGUGUCUGGAGGACGACAGUACAUACAACAGGGAAUAUCAAAUGGGCUACCUGAUGUUGAUUCAGUUUUUUAUUCCACAAGGAAGGUUGGAUCAGAAGCACUUGAUAUUAUAUUUGAUGAACAUGCCCCGAAAGUGGCAUUGCCUCAAAGUCUAAUGGUGCCGAUCAAUUCAUUCAACACGUUGUUUCAUUAUAAUGCAUUUUGGUCAUUGAUGCUUCCAGUGUCAGUCAGUACCAUGGCUUCUGAUGUCUUAAGAGGUUAUUGGGCACAACGGUUGUUAUGGGAGAUUGGUGGUUUUGUUGUAGUGUAUCCUCCUUCGAUACACAGAGAUGACAAAGUUGAAGCAUACCCAUUUUCAGAGGAAAAAGAUUUGCAUGUAAACGUGGGUCGCUUGAUCAAAUUUUUAGUUUCUUGGAGAUCUGAAAAAGAAAGGCUGUAUGAGAAAAUCUUAGAAUUGAGCCAUUCAAUGGCACUAGAGGGGUUUUGGAGCGAGAAUGAUGUCAAAUUUACAGCUGCAUGGUUGCAAGACUUGGCUGCUGUAGGGUAUCAGCAGCCAAGACUGAUGGCAGUACAUUUGGAUCUGCAAAAGGCAACUGUUCAACGUGGAGAUAAAAAGGAAUUCAUCCCCCGAAAACUACCUUCUGUACAUCUUGGGGUUGAGGAAUCAGGUACAGUGAAUUAUGAAAUCGGGAACUUGAUAAGGUGGAGGAAGAAUUUUGGCAAUGUUGUGUUAAUUAUGUUUGUCACUGGGCCCGUGCAACAAACUGCAUUAGAAUGGAGAUUGUUAUAUGGCAGGAUCUUCAAAACUGUGGUUAUUCUGUCAACACAAGCUGAUGCAGAUCUUGCUGUUGAGCAAGGACAAUUGGAUCAAGUAUACAAGUAUCUCCCAAGGAUAUUUGAAAGAUUGAAUAGCACAGAGGGAUUUCUCUUCCUACAGGACAAUACAAUUUUGAACUACUGGAACCUUUUGCAAGCCGACAAAUCUAAGUUGUGGAUCGCCAAUAAGGUGCCUACAUCUCGAAACAUGAUCAAUGGGAAGGACUCUUCAUGGUUUGUAAAGCAAGCAGAAUUGGUGAAGAAAGUGGUAAGCACAAUGCCCGUUCACCUCCAAGUCAACUACAAGGAGAGUGGUCCAACUGACCAGAGCAUCGCCUUGUGUGGCUCUGAGGUGUUCUACGUUCCUCGACGUUUUGUUCAGGACUUUGUUGAUCUAGUAGACUUAGUUGGUGAUCUUGAUAUACACCAGAAAAUUGCUGUACCUAUGUUCUUCAUGGCCAUGGAUUUACCUCAGAAUUUUGAUACCUUGCUGAAUAAAAUGGUUUAUAAGACAGGAGCAUCGUCUACCAAUUCGUUGAAACUGUAUUCUGCUCAAGUACCAGCUGUGUACCCAUUGGCUGUUUCCACUGAAUCUGAAUUUAUAAAGUUGAUAAGGCUCAUGGCAGCAGGUGAUCCUUUGCUGAUGGAAUUGGUUUAGGAUCUCAUGUUAUUGUGAAAAUAUUAGAAGUUGUAGAAGAUAACAUCAUGUACAAUAGAGUUACUCUUCCAACUGCUCAUUCCCAACUUGGAGGAAAAAGAAAAAUGUAGAGCAUAUAGCGAAAUCUUGUAGCUCUUUUUUUCCUUUUUCAGAGAUGGCUUUUGAGCAAUAUCUAUCAGUCUUUCAAGUGUGUAUUCUUAUAAAUAACUGCUUAUUCCUCUGUUUGUCAUCCACCUGAUACACAUUGACAAUUGAUGUACAACCUUAGUUGAUUGAUUUUUGCCUGUAA